AUUGACUGUAUAUGUGAGGCGUUGUACCAGGCUCGUGAUGGCGAAAAGUUACUGGAAUUAUUCGAACCCAACGUUCAUAAUGUUAUGUUUUAUCGGUGUCGAUACAACUCCAGUUCCGUAAUUCGUGCCUAUCUGUAUGCAUUGUAUUAUAGCAAGCGUUAUGAAGAAUUAUUUCAGAUGAUAGCUUCGAAUACAUUUGAUCAAAGAUUUUAUGGUGAACUGCAAGAUUUAUGGUACAAAGCACGAUAUGCGGAGAACGAAGAAAGACGGCAGAAAGAACUGGGCGCUGUUGAGAAGUACCGCCUGAGAAAAAAGCACCCUCCACCGCGAUCAAUCUGGGAUGGACAAGAAACGAUUUACAGCUUCAAAGAAAAUGCUAGGAAGGUUUGUACCUAA